AUGAAGGAGGAGCUGGUAAUGCGUUUGGCUCCGUAUCAGUCUCGUGUUUCGAUUAUCACGGAUACUUUCGCAAAUACAUAUAAAUAUUUAAAUCAAAUGAACGAUUCCAAUGCAUCUUUUGCUACGAAAGCCAAUGGCACGCUUUUGGAUUUAGGAUUUAACAGUGUUCACGUCGAUGAGGCGGAUCGUGGUUUCAGUUUUCAAAAAGAUGGACCUCUGGACAUGCGAUAUGAUCCGUCGCAAGGAAUCACGGCAGCCGAUUUGGUAAAUCAACUCGACCGCGAUUCACUGACCGCGAUUUUUGCAGAAUAUUCCGGAGAGACCUAUCGCACGUGUCGGCAUGUGGCGAGUGUGAUUUGCCGCCGCAGAGAAAAACAGCAAUUCACAAAUACAAUUGAUUUUGCGACGUGUGUCAACAAAGCACUGGAGAGUGGAAAGCGUUCUCGCAAAACGCCUUGUACAGGCAUUUUUCAGGCACUCCGAAUCUCUGUAAACAACGAAUAUGAUCAUUUAAACAAAUUCAUGGAAACGCUGCCUGCCAUGAUGGCUCCUGGAGGCAUUAGCGUGUUUCUAUGUUUUCAAAGUCUGGAAGUUCAGAUUGUAAAAAGAUGGGUGCGACAAUACUUUAGUGACUGCAAAAGUGAUAAACCUCCGGUAGCACUGUAG